GUAGACACAGCGGAGGGGGGCAGUGUGGGGCAGCUCGGGGCUGUUUUUUCACUGGAGGAUCAGACUGUAUUAUUCUGCUGCAGACUCAAAGAGCGACGACACAAAGGAGACGCAGCUCCGACGUUUCCUGGGAUUCACUCGCUCCUUCUCUCUCCCUCUCUCACCCCUUCCUCUGUCCAUCAUGGCUCCACUCUUCUGUCACCUCGUCACAGCUACACUGAUGAUGUCAUCAUGGUGUGUUCAGGCUCUCCGGGUCACCAUGGUUCCUCCCAGACCCUGGUUCAGACUUGGAGAACGUCAGCAGCUGCUCUGCUUAGCCCAGGACUGUCCUUCCAUGCCGAACUUCUCUUGGUCUCUGCUGGAGGACCGGCCUUUCACUGCCUCCAUCCAGACCAACGGAACCAGAUCUUUGGUGGUCUUUGAUCCUGUACUGAUGGAGCAUGAGGGGGCGCUGUUGUGCAAAGUCAGCUGUUUAGCAGAGAAGAAGCAGAUCUUCGCUGACGUCCGUGUUUACGCUCCUCCAUCAGCUCCUGAGAUGACAGGUCUAGAUCAGCUGAGGCUGGGGUUGGAGUCCACUCUGACUUGCCAGGUAUCUAACGUCUACCCUGCUGCACUGCUGAAACUCAGCUGGUACCAUGGAGUCCUGAAAAGCGUGGUUGGAGAACCUGGGUCACGUUCAGUCCGGGCUGAAGUCUCAUUCACUCCCCAGAAACGGGACUUUGGAUCCAACAUCAGCUGCACGGCUCUGCUGGACAUCCCAGAGCUGCAGGUCCAAAACAGCAGCAGAGAGAGCAGCGCCCCCCUCAGGGUACUUUAUGCUCCUGUCGUCGUACCGUUCUCCUCACCUGUGGUGGUGAAGGUCGGUUCCCCGCAGACUCUUUGGUGUUUGGUGGAUGGGAUUCCUGAUCCAGACAUAAACUGGACCUUCAGAGCUCUGGAUGGUCGGACUGUGCAGCGGGGCCCUGGUCCUGGACUUGACUUCCCUUCAGUCAGUUUGUCUGACGCCGGACUCUACGAGUGUGAGGCACGGAACAGCGAGGGACGUGGGAUGGCCGCCGUCAACGUCGUUGUUUAUGCCCCGCCCACCAACACCGUGGUAUCACUUAGUCCAGAUGGGGUCAUAGUUGAGGGGCAGAAGGUGAUCAUCACCUGCCAAUCAGACGGAGCUCCCCCCAGCGCACUGGUUCUGAGGAAGGAGGGGGUGGAGCUUAACAGAACAGACUCUGACUCCACCCUUUUCUUCAGCUUCACACCUGUUAAACCAGAAGACUCCGCCUCCUACCAGUGUGAAGCCUCCAACCAGUACGGGUCCCAGGUGGUCAGCACCGUGCUGCGGGUCACAGGUCAUCCUCUGCAUGUGCAGGUCAGUCCUCUGGUCUUGCCUGCAGAGCUUGGUUCAACUCUGGUUCUGAGCUGCAGAGCAUCAGGGUGUCCACGUCCUCCGAACCUCACCUGGAGCAGGAUGGCACAAAACCAGAGUCUAGCGGGCCUUCUGAACCAGACCGUACUCCAUGGGUCACAUUACAACCAAACUGUUCUCCUUAAGGAGGCGGAGGGUGGAGUGUCUCUGCUUUACCUCAGGAACCUGGACCUCCAGGACCAAGGAGGCUACAUCUGCCAGGGGGACUGUGACUCUGUGGUCAGAACCAGUGACACCUGGGUCCAGGUCUACUCGUUUCCGGUUGACCCGGUCGUGACAGUGCCUGCUCUUGUUCUGCUGGGUCAGGAGGUGGUUCUACACUGUGAUGUCAUGGAAGUGUUCUGGAGCGAACAGCUGAUGAUCCACUGGACCUCAGGAAACACCACGCUCAAGUCGCAGUCCUUCAGCUUCUCCAGGUCACUUCAAAACUUUUCAUCAGUUCUUCAGUACCAGGUUCUAGCAGACAGGCCAGUUGUGACCUGCGAGGCUGAGCUUCUGGUAGAUAAGGAGGUAUGGAGGACCAGGAGGACCAGCGUCUCUCUGCAGGUCUUCUAUGCUCCGAGGAGAACAUCGAUGGUUGUGAAUCCUGGUCAGGAGGUGGUUGAAGGUCAGCAGGUGACCAUCAGCUGCCAAUCAGACGCAGCCCCGCCCCCCACACUGGUGCUGAGUAGAGACGGGAUGGGACUUUACAGGUCUGACCCCCUGACCCCCUCCUCGAUGGUGUCCUUUAGCCUAUCAUACGCUCUGAUGGAAGACUCCGCCCACUACCAGUGUGACGCCUGGAACCAGUUUGGAUCCCAGCAGGUCUCCAGCAGCCUUUGGGUCAAAGCCUCUCCCAGAAACACCACAGUGGAGGUUUUUCCAUCCACUGUAGUCCAGGCAGGACAGAAUGUCACCAUCAGCUGCUGGACCAUCAGCUCGCCACCAUCCACCAUUACCCUGAGGAAACUGACCAAUGGCAGUGAAUUGUUCUCUGACAAUGGACGCUUCCUAUUGGUCAACGUCACCGCUCGAGACACGGGUCUGUACCAGGUCAACGUGACCAAUGACCUUGGAUUCCAGGUCAAAGUGUUCACCAUCAGUGUGAUAACAGGGGAAAAAUCUCAGUCUCCGCCCACUUCCUUCCCAGAGAGAAGCUCCACCCUUCCUCCUGCGCUGAGCCUCAGUGGCGCCAUCAUGGCUGCGGUCUGUGUCACUGCAGGUGUGGUGUUAUCUGCUUUGCUGCUGGAGUACCUGAGGCGGUCCAGGAAGAAAGGGUUCUACCAGCUGCCCCAGUCAGCUCCGCCCACAUCCUGAGCAUUUCCCAGCAUGCUCUGGAUAUAAUGUAUAAACUGAAAUAUAAACUGAACUUUUGUUUCAUGGCCACUAGGAUUCUGGGACUUAGGUGAGCCAGGGUCUUAGUAACCAAAAAACUGAGCAGAGCCUUCAGAGACUGUGGUUAAAUGGGCAGAAUUCAUCUGGAUCUUCAGAGCCGCUUCCCUUUCUGAACAUCCUGGAACCAAAUAGUACUCAAAGGUUGUGGAUCAAACACCAGUACCUGGGUCACCAGAACCACCUGAAACUACAGAAGAACCAGAACCUCCUGGACCAACAGAACCUUGUUGUGGUUUUGGUCCGUCACUGCUCCAGCUUCUUUGGUUCUAUACACAUCUUUAGCACCGUUCUGCUGGUUACCAUGGAGAGGUCUCAGCUAGUAACCAUGGAGACGCCUACACUGGGCCUGAGCUGUGGACGUGAAGAGACUGAAAACCUGUCUGUCUUUGUUCUGGCUCUGUGGUGUCCACUGUCUACAAGUGGACUGAUGUCUGUCCUCUAUGUCCUCUAUGUCUUCAGUCUUUCCCACUCAGUUUAUCAAUUUCUUUCUUCUUUAUCUUCUCAGAGUCCUCGUCUUUUUGUGUUCUCUGAGUCCUUGUCUUUUUGUCUUCUCUGAGUCCUUGUAUUUUUGUCUUCUUGAAGUCUUUGUCGUUUUGUCUUUUCAGAGUCCUCGUCUCCUCCUGAUGUGUCUCUCUCUGUGUCCAAAGAAAGUGCCAGAGUCUCUGUCUUCACAGACUGAGGUUGUUGUCUCCGUCCCUCUCUGUGCACUGCUGUCUUCCAGUUCCCCAGUGUCUCCGUCUCUGUCCUGACACAGAGCAAAUAUGUGACCUCUUUCCCCUGCGUUUAGCAUCGGCGUAGCUGCACAUUCAGCAUAAACCCGUGCCUCUGUGCUGAUAAAUCUCUUUCUCUGGUCCAUCUGUUGUUUUUCACUCGUGUCCCGUUUCACUGAGCCCUCGCUGGGCCACGCUGACCUGUGACCUCUGUUGUGUAAGACCUGCUGCGUCUUGUCUUUUUAAUGUGCUCUGGUAUUUCCUGCUGCUCCGACUAUCCUUUCUGGUCCACAUGGAUUCUCACGUUCUGACUUUGGAUCUGGUUUUGAACACGUUUGAGGAAACAGUUCUGUUCCUGGUCCUGGAUAUGGUUCUGGUUGUGGUUCAGUGUCUGGUCCAGCACAGAUGAGUACUAUUAGUCAGCGUUCAACCAAUCAGCAGGACAAUUAGUUAGCGGUCCCUACAGUGACCGUGUGGGCGGGGGCUUCAGAGUUUAAUGGCUUUUCUUCUCACACUUUCACAAAUAAAAGUCCUGUUAUGACGA